CUUUUUCUUUAAUUUCACAUCUCUUUUCAUGUUCUUUUGUAUUAAUUUCUUUCAUAUUCAUAUAUCCUUCAUGUUUUGAAACAUCAGUCGAUGCUUUUGUUGUGCUGUAUUGAAUAAAACUUUCUAUGUGAAAUAAAUGUGUAAUGCUUAGUUUAAUAUGCGAGUGUUACUGCACAGUUACAUAUACAGUGUAGACCGUUUAUAAUGUAAGUCGCCGGAGUCGCGAAUAUACGCACUAUAAGCAGUACCGCACUAUAACCAAAGCAACAAUUUUCAAGGCCCGCACAUAUCCAAAACAUGUGCACCGAGCCGCCACGCAUAUGCGACAGUUGAGGAAUGCAGCUAGAACGUUUGCAUUCAAUUUACAGUCGAAUCUCGUUAAUUCGAAAUAAUUCACGCGGCGGCGCCUCCGACCGGCAUUGCUCCGGCACCGCCAUAGAGUAAAAGCUUAGGAAAGACCCCUCAAUGUCGCGCGCGAACGAAACAAAAAAAAAAAGAAAAAAAAUGCGGUGGAAAUUUCACCCUCUCUCAAAUGGCAAGGUCGCAGAUUCUGCGUUGCGCCGGAAAAUGCGUGUACGUGCCGACGUCUCAGCCACGCUACCGUAGCCACGCGUCAGAAAUGGCAGUGAACCCUUCUUUCUCCUUUAUGCUUCCUCUACUUUCUAAUCACGUGUUGACCUUGCACGCUGCGGCUGCGGCGCAGAGGGAAGCAGCGGUGCUGUCCCAGGCCAGCCAAUGAAACUGCCCACGCCGGCAAACGCCCGCUUCCCGAUAACGGCAGAAAACGAAACUUCGAGGAGCUGGCGCCGGGCCGUCUGUAGCGGCGGUGCCUGCACGGCGGCGGGCGCGCACGGUGACAGUCGAAAGUGAGGGAGCUACGAGGGAGGGCGAGGGGAGCCACCAAAGCGGCGGAGUUGCCGAGGCGAAAUCCGCUUCCCUGCCGCCCUCCUCCCUCGCAUUCCACGGUCUCCGUGUGCGCCCUUCCCCGUGCCGUGCCGGCGCCGCCCGCUCCCUGAAGUUUCGUUUACUGCUGUUAUCGUGAACCGAGCGUUGGGCGGCGUUGGCAGUUUCGUGGCCCUCGCUCGCUAUGCGCGCCGUGAUAUUUCACGACUGACUCGCACUCAAGAUUCUGGUUUCAGCCUCACUGGCUGUUCGUUCGCACCACAUGCCCUUCUCCUCCACUUAGUCUCUCUCUCUUGUUCAAGCACUCCUUGGGGCGCCUGUUUGAGGGGAGCGUUCGCCGACUUCCGUACUCCCAGGUAGCCACACUGUAACCGGUAUUUCGUUUCCCGCAACUGCACUAUAAGCGAUACGUGUAUACAUGGAGUGCUAUGAGAAAAUUAACAGGAGUCUGACAAGACCGCACUAUAUCCAGUCCUGCACUAUAAGCGGUUACGUUAUAAGUGGUCUAUACUGUACAAGGUAAUUUUGACUUUAGGCGUAGUAUCUAAAUUGCAUGCCAAAUCUAUUUAAAUUGCAUGCCAAAUCCCACCUCUUUGUGUUGCGAGCAGGGGUUUGAUGUGUUCAGGAUAUUUAUUUAUAUAUAGAUGGAUAAGAACUUGUUUGAGACAUCUAACUUAUCAAUGCACUGUUGCUUCAACAGUAAUUACUGGGUUGGGUAGUCCAAGGUUGUCAUAAUAUUUCACCUACAACAGCGGCGAUCCUUUUUUGAAUGCCAAGUGUUGAGCUUCAGUUUCAAGUGUGUGACACAUUGUUUGCAUCACUGUCCUAUGCUCCCUGGGACUUUGCAGGUUCCUUACCAUCAGGUUCCCUGGAACAGGAUCAGCCGCUCCUGUCUGUGAGUGCCCCACAAUACUCCUGCCAGUUGUGCAACUACAAGACCAAGCGCAAGACACACAUGGACAAACACCUGCGCAUACACACAGGCGAGCGCCCCUUCAAGUGCCACCUCUGCCCAAACACAUUCACUCAGAAGUGGCACCUGAAGCAGCAUCUGCGCAGCCAUACAGGCGAGCGCCCCCACCAGUGCCACUUGUGCCAGGAGACCUUCACGCAGCGUUCCCACCUGAUACGCCACCUGCGCAACCACACCGGAGAGCGUCCCUUUCCCUGUGUGCACUGCGGUGCAUCCUUUGCACAGAGGGAGAACCUCUUGCGCCACAUGUCUCAUCAUGUCAAAAAGGAACCCCGCUAUGGAAAAGUCACGCAUAGUAGGACUCCCGAAGAGCAGCGUGAACUGGAUGAGUGGCGACGGGAACAGCAACAGCGUCUGGGCAGGACGCAGCGGUUCCUGCCCAAAGCAAUCCACGCACAGUUAGGACGCCUGAAGAGCAGCGCGGAUACGAUGAGCGAUGAAAGGAACGGCAGCGUCAAUAUCCACAACGGCUUAGGCCGCCAAACAGACUCCCUGGCCGCCCUGUUCUUGACAGCGGCACAGUCCCUGGUGCCCCUCGUAUUGUCCGAUGUAGCACUAUUGCUCCAUAAAGUGUGUGAUGCAUUGUUCGUCUUGCCUUCCCGUCCUCCAUGUGACUAUACAGAUUCCUUGCCAUCUGGGUUCCCGGCACCGUAUCACUCGCUCGGGCCCCUGGAGCAGUACCGGUCACUUGUGGAUGUGUAUGGCUGGAUGCUUUCCUGCCGGCUGUGCCCUUACAAGACCGAGAACAGGACCACCAUGAAAAGUCACUUGCGCACACACACGGGCGAGCGCCCCUUCAAGUGCCACCUCUGCCCAAGCGAUUUCACUCACAACUGGCAUCUGAAAGAGCAUGUGCGCACCCACACGGGGGAGCGCCCCUACCGUUGCCACCUGUGCCCGGAAGCAUUCACUCAGAGUGUCCACCUGACACGCCAUGUGCGCUGCCACACGGGACAGCGUCGCUUUCCCUGCGUGCACUGCAGUGCAUCCUUUACACGGGAAGACCACCUCAAGAACCACAUGACCUGUCAUGCAGAGAAGAAGACCUAGAGGUCAGGAGCUUGCAGUUUUCUUUUUCCCUUUUUGUAGAUCAACUGAUUGAUUGAUUUUUAUGGAAUUUAGUGAUUUCUAAAGUGCAUUGAGGAGGUUUCUGGUUCCCUCAACCUUAGAGUUUCUUUUAAGAUUACCUAAAAGGAAGCUUGCUCCACUGUCU